GUGACUGAAUUCUGGAUGUAUACUGGGUUGAAGUGGAACUGGUGAUUUACUGGUUACCUGUCUGUCGGUGGAAUCAGAGGGAGCUAGAACUUCAGGAGAGAUUACUCAGGGUUUCGUGGAUCAGCUCUGGAACCGGCAUUUCAGAACUUUUCAGAACACGCCUGAAAUGUGACCCAGCAGCGCGGCGGUGUAAUUUCACUAAGUGGAGGACAGGCGGCGCUCCGGCUGAUGGUUUCUCAGUGUGAUCAGAAGGCUUUGAUGUUCUGCAGGAUGGAGAUAGUGGUGGAGAUGAGGCGCAUCUUCUGGCUGCUGUCUGUCUGCGGUGCUCUGACCCAGCAGGGCUCGAGCCCGCAGGCGGUAAGGACGGGUCCGGGUUCGGCUACGGUUCGGGGUUCUUUGGCACAGACGGCGGUUCUGCCCUGUUACUUUUCUACCCGAUCCGAACCGGAACCCAGCAGCCCGGGCCCAGUAGACUCGCUCCGCAUCAAGUGGACUAAACUGGACGGCGGUACCGAGCUGACGGUUCUGGUGUCUCAGAACGGGUUGAUUAAAACCGGGCCGGAGUUCCGAGGCCGGGUUUCGGUACCGAAGCGAGCUGAGGAGCGGGGGCACGCGUCUCUGACGGUAACCGGACUGCGGGCCAGUGAUGCGGGACUUUACCGCUGCGAGGUUCUGCGCGGGCUGGAGGACUUUCAGAUCAGCGUCCCGCUGCGCGUGUCCGGUGUUGUAUUUCAUUAUCGGACGAACACCAGCCGCUACAAUCUGGAUUUUGAAGGAGCUGGACGAGCCUGUAGAGACGUGGGCGCGACCAUCGCCACCGCGGACCAGCUGACCGCCGCCUUCGAAGACGGAUUUGACCAGUGUGAUGCUGGAUGGCUGGCUGACCAAACUGUCCGGUACCCGAUUACCCGACCCAGAGACGGAUGCCACGGAGACAAGAUGGGGAAGCCGGGCGUCAGAACUUACGGACUCAGAAAUCCCACGGAAACCUACGAUGUGUACUGCUAUGUGGAUAAACUGGAAGGUGAAGUGUUUUACGGCUCGAGGGCGGGGUUAACUCUGCAGGAGGCAGUGGGUGUGUGUGAGCGGUUGGGGGCGGUUCUGGCGUCGCCGGGUCAGCUGUUCGCGGCGUGGAGGGCGGGUCUGGACGGCUGUGAUUUCGGUUGGCUGUCGGACGGCAGCGCCCGCUAUCCCGUCUCCGUUCCCCGGGUGCAGUGCGGGCGGGGCCAGCUGGGGGUCCGGACCAGGUACCUCUUCAUCAACCAGACGGGGUUCCCGGUUCCGUCUGAGCGGCUCGGCGCGUUCUGCUUUAAAGGACCGGAUCCCACAGCCACCCCUACAGAGACGGACCCCGGUUCCGACCACGAGGCCAUCGACCAGAUUAUUAACCAAGUGGAGGCGCUGCCACCUCACAGACACCCCGUCGAUACCCCCAUGCCCCCCCUGCCCACCAUGAAGAGCAUGCUUCCUCAUCUGGACAUCACUGCAGACGAAGGGGGCGGCAGAGAAGGUGCUACCAAAGAGCCACAGGACCCAACGAAGCUCGCCGUAGUUUAUAAAGAAGACAAGCAGGAUUUACCUGAAGGGAAAGAUGCAGCAGAAACACUUGGAAGCAGAACUGAUGAAGCUACAGUAGAUACGACCGCAGAGCGCUCCCCCCCGUUACAUUCCUCACAACAAGAAAUCCCAAAAUCCGGCACAGGGGAUCAUGGACCUGACUCUGGACCUCCUAUUAGCGUCAUCGUAGUGGAUAUGACAUAUAAUGUAUCAGCUGAUCACAUAGCGGGGCUGAUUGGAGGAGGAAUCGGUUUGGAAACUGGGGACGGAUUCUCUACAUCUUCUGCCGUCACACACCCAAUUCUGACCUUCAUCAAUGGGAGACAUGAGCUCCAACUGAAACCCGAGGUGGAUGUAACUCAGGAGGCGAGAGGAGACCAGUUUGAAACAGCGAGUCCAAUAGCAAGUGAGGAGAACCUGUUUAAGAUAGAAGUGAUGACCUCAUUUGUAGUGAUGGAUGAACUUCAUUCUUCACAAACUGUCCCAGUUUCAGAGAGUCCUCAGACUCUAUCCACAGAGUUCAUACUGGACCAAACCUCCAUCUACGGGUCCAUCCACAGAACCUCUAGUUUUGAUGAUGGUUCUGGAGGACACCCCACAGCCGAUGAUGGCGUACCUCUGCAGCAAGGCUUUACGCAUCACAUCCUACCAACAACAGCUACUACUGAUCCCAGAACUGUGGACACAGAAAGACAGCCGUACACAGGAUCUGAGGACGGGUUCACACAAGAGCUGGAUUCACAUCAACCAGAACCGGGCCGGUCUCCUGCCUUUACUCCCUCAUCCCUUCUCUUCACUGCCUCACCGGAGCCCACUGACUCUACAGGUCCGACUGACUCACCGCCUCAUUCUCCUCGAGAAGAACAGCGGACCAGUUCUGUUUCCGUCUUCAUCCAGGAGGUUUCUGAUAAUCAGACUGAGCUUUAUGGUGUAGAAAGUUCAAAUUUUACAGAUACAGUGAUCAAUCAAGCAGCCGUCCAAUCACAGCCAACUUCAGCCAACGAACCGACUUUUACAGAAGACUCUGCAGAACCCACCGGGUUGGAGGAGGAGUAUGAUGAUGCUGAGAGUCCAUCAGUAGUAGAAGCUGCACCUCCGGGACGGGUGGAGGAGAACGGGACUGAUAACGGGACAGCAGUGGAUCGGGACGGGUCCGAUUUGUGCAGAGUAAAUAUUUGUGAAAAUGGAGGAACCUGUGUCUCUAACGGUGAAGAUCGGUGUUUCUGUGCUGCCGGAUUCAGCGGCGAUCGCUGUGAGACCGAUAUUGAUGAAUGUCAGUCUAACCCUUGUCGUAACGGCGCCACCUGUCUGGACGGAGUCGAUUCCUUCAGCUGUGUUUGUCUGCCAAGCUACUCGGGUUCUCUGUGUGAACGAGAUAUGGAUGUGUGUGAUGUUGGGUGGUAUAAGUUUCAGGGUCAGUGUUACAGGUAUGUGGUACAGAGGAGGACGUGGGAGGCGGCUGAGCGCGAGUGUCGGCUGCACGGGGCUCAUCUCACCAGCGUCCUCUCCUCCGAGGAGCAGCACUUCAUCAACCGUUUGGGUCACGACUACCAGUGGAUCGGACUGAACGACAAGAUGUUUGAGAACGAUUUCCGCUGGACAGACGGAAACCACUUGCAAUAUGAGAACUGGAAACCGGAUCAGCCGGACAGUUUCUUCUCCACCGGCGAGGACUGCGUGGUGAUGAUCUGGCACGAGGGCGGCCAGUGGAAUGAUGUGCCCUGUAAUUACCACCUGACCUUCACCUGCAAAAAAGGCACAGUGUCCUGCAGUCGGCCGCCCGUUGUGAAGGACGCUCACAUCUUCGGUCGGAUUAAAUCGCGCUAUGAGAUUAACGCUCUGGUCAGAUAUCACUGUAAAGACGGAUUCAUCCAGAGACACCUGCCCACCAUCAGGUGCAGAGCGGACGGCAGCUGGGACACGCCCCUAAUCACCUGCAUGAAGCCUUCAACAUUCCAGAAAACUUACCCAGGAUACUACCACCCCAAUAACAGCUCCAGCAGCAGGGGGCGCUACAGCGAGUGAAGUUCUGCAGCAGAAAGGAAACAGAUCAAACACUGAUCUCCAAUCAGAACCAGCAACACAGACCCCCCCACCAAUCACCGGGAUCGACUCCCCAACGACGCGACUCUGAAUGUUUCUCUCUUCUUUUAUUUUCUUUCUUUUUUGAUUCUUUAGUGUUUAAACUUUGCAAUACUGUAACUUUAUACUGUUUAAGAGGGGAGGAGUUUCUAAAGGAGGAUAAAGCAAAUUUAACUCAGAACUGUAGGUUUUUAGCAUUCGGGUCGACUGCUGGUUCUGUUCCCUGAAGAGAUUGGAUCUACAGUACGCAUACUAAUUAACCGAACCGAACAACAGAUUCUGUUCAAAAGAAAGAGAGAGAGAAAAGUCACAUGACCAGAGGAAGACAAUGCUGAAAGGACUGCAGUUCAUCUUCACCAACAUCCUCCUGCUCAUCCCCAUGUUUACAGCAGUAAGAGCCUCCCAGUUCACCCUGAACCCUGUUGCUUUCAUGCAAAAAACUUGUAACUCCAAUAUAGUGAAUUUUAUCAUUAAACUGUAUUUUUGGUGAUCUAGUAAAUAUAUGGGUUUGGAAAAAUAACCAUAUUUAACUUUUUUUAUGAAUGUUCUAAUAGAAAGAUGAAUAGACCUACUGUACGCAACUGUGACGUCCGCCAUCUUUAUGACAGACAGUAUUGAUAAAUGAAGCCAUAGAUUUUUAAUUUAUUUCAGAAAAUUCAUAUAACAAUGACUGUGAGAUUUAAAAAAAUAAAAAUAUGACAAUAUAUUA